UGGACGGAGAGUCGUCUCCAGCUUUACUGCUUCAGCUUCGCUUCUUCAUUACCAACCAAUAGUCGAGCAGCCACAUCCUCUCUGGUUUCUGUCUCGCUACAUUUUGUUCACUGUUAAAACCCUAGCUUAGGGUUCUUUUGUUUCAAUUUUGAUUUUGAAGGGUUGUUGUUUCGGUGAUGAAGGCGACUUCGUUUGGGGCUGUGAACGCGGUGGUGUCCAACGAUCCGAAGAGUCGGAUUCAGACCUUUGAUGGCUUGCAAGCUUCGAAAUCUUUAGCUCUGACUCGGAACUUGCGAGUUCUUCAUAGUCUUCGUGCUCGCCCUUCUGUUAUACGAGCUGUAUCGACGCCGGUAAACCCAGGCACUGCUGCUGAACCAAAGCGUAGUAAGGUUGAAAUUAUAAAGGAGCACAGUAAUUUCAUAAGGUACCCACUCAAUGAGGAGUUAUUGACUGAUGCCCAAAAUAUCAAUGAGGCUGCUACACAGUUAAUUAAGUUCCAUGGGAGCUAUCAGCAGUACAACAGAGAUGAUCGUGGUACAAGGUCAUACUCUUUUAUGCUUCGGACGAAGAAUCCUUGUGGAAAAGUGUCAAACAAGCUAUACUUGACCAUGGAUGAUCUUGCUGAUCAGUUUGGAAUUGGAACACUUCGUUUAACAACCAGACAAACUUUUCAGCUCCAUGGUGUUCUGAAGCAGAACCUCAAGACCGUAAUGAGUAGCAUCAUUAGAAGUAUGGGUUCAACUCUUGGUGCUUGUGGUGAUCUAAACAGGAAUGUUCUCGCUCCUCCUGCUCCAUUUGUAAGAAAGGACUACCAGUUUGCACAGCAGACUGCAGAGAAUAUAGCUGCACUCCUAACUCCUCAAUCAGGUUUCUACUAUGAUAUGUGGGUGGAUGGAGAGAAGAUUAUGUCAGCUGAACCUCCUGAAGUUGUGAAGGCCCGCAAUGAUAACUCUCAUGGAACAAAUUUCCCUGAUUCACCUGAGCCUAUCUAUGGAACUCAGUUCUUGCCAAGGAAGUUCAAAAUUGCAGUCACUGUGCCAGCGGACAACUCAGUGGAUAUCCUCACCAAUGAUAUUGGCGUGGUUGUUGUAUCUGAUAAAAAGGGGGAGCCUCAGGGUUUCAACAUAUACGUUGGUGGUGGUAUGGGAAGGACACAUAGGGUGGAGACCACCUUCCCCCGUUUGGCUGAGCCAUUGGGUUAUGUGCCAAAAGAGGAUAUUCUGUAUGCGGUGAAAGCUAUUGUCGUUACACAGCGGGAAAAUGGGAGAAGAGACGAUCGUAAGUACAGCAGAAUGAAAUAUUUGAUCAGCUCCUGGGGCGUUGAAAAGUUUAGAAGUGUAGUUGAGCAAUAUUAUGGAAAGAAGUUUGAACCUUUCCAUAAAUUGCCUGAGUGGGAAUUCAAAAGUUACUUGGGGUGGCAUGAGCAGGGCGAUGGUGGUUAUUUUUGUGGACUUCAUGUUGAUAAUGGACGUAUCGGAGGCAAUAUGAAGAAGGUGUUGAGGGAGGUAAUAGAGAAGUAUGACUUAAAUAUGCGUAUCACAGCAAAUCAGAACAUCAUUUUGUGUGAUGUCCGAGGUGCGUGGAAGCGUCCCAUUACAACAGUUCUUGCACAGGCUGGUUUGCUGCAACCUAGGUAUGUAGAUCCCCUCAACAUAACUGCAAUGGCUUGUCCCGCUUUUCCACUUUGCUCGCUGGCAAUUACUGAAGCUGAAAGAGGAAUCCCUGACAUUCUCAAGCGAGUCCGAGCUGUAUUUGAGAAGGUUGGUCUAAAGUACAAUGAUUCUGUGGUAAUAAGGGUUACUGGCUGCCCUAAUGGUUGUGCUAGACCGUACAUGGCUGAACUUGGCCUUGUUGGUGAUGGUCCCAAUAGCUAUCAGAUUUGGCUUGGGGGCGCUCCCAAUCAAACCAGGUUAGCAAGAACCUUCAUGAAUAAGGUUAAAGUUCAAGACCUUGAAAAAGUUUUGGAGCCUUUGUUUUACCAUUGGAAACGAAAGAGACAAUCCAAAGAAUCAUUCGGCGACUUCACAACCCGCUUGGGAUUUGAGAAGCUUCAAGAAUUGGUUGAUAAAUAUGAUGGUCCAGAGCUCUCACCAUCACGCUAUAACCUGAAGCUCUUUGCUGAUAAGGAGACUUAUGAAGCCGUGGAUGAGCUUGCAAAGCUGCAGAACAAGAGUGCUCAUCAGCUGGCAAUGGAAGUCAUACGCAAUUAUGUUUCUGCCCAGCAAAAUGGGAAAGAUGAAUGAGUCGGGCAUCCCAGUCGUUCAGAAUCUUGUUGCUUCUCCAAGGUGCUCAGGUGAAUGAGGCCCUCCAUCUCCAUCCCACUUGCCAUGUGAUUACUGCUCGUUAACGGCUGGACAAAAACAGACAUUGGGUUUUGACGUUCCUUGUUUUCAAAUUGUGUGUUGUAGCUUGUUUAUUUGAACCCAAACCUUGUGUUUCUAUUUCGCCUGAGUUGUUAAGACGUCUUGACGGGCAGCUUUUGUGCUU